AUGGGCUCUCCACUCUAUUCCGUCCUCGUCACCGGCUCCGCCGGCCACCUCGGCGCCGCUCUGAUGCUCUCCCUCCCCUCCCUCGGCCACGUUCCGCUCGGCAUCGACAUCCUCCCCUCUCCGACAACAACCGUCGUCGGCUCCAUCACCGACCGCGCCCUCAUCGCCUCGCUUCUCGCCCGGAACCCGUCCAUAGCCCACAUCGUCCACGCCGCGACCCUGCACAAGCCGCACGUCGACUCGCACCCGCACUCUGCCUUUGUCGACACAAACGUCACCGGCACCCUCGUCCUCCUCGAAGAGGCAGCUGCCGCCGCCGCCGCCGCCGCCGCCGCCCCCCCGCUUCCCCGGCGACGCAUCGCCUCCUUCGUCUUCAUCUCGACGACCUCGGCCUUUGGCGGCGCCCUGUCCCCGCGCCCGGGCCGGCCCGCCGUCUGGAUCGACGAGUCUGUAGCCCCCGUCCCGAAAAACAUCUACGGCGUGACCAAGUGCGCCGCCGAGGACCUCUGCGCCCUCGCCCACCGUCAGUCGUCCCUGCCCGUGCUCGUCCUCCGCACCGCGCGCUUCUUCCCCGAGGCCGACGACGACGCCGACCGCCGUGCCGCCCUGCCCGACGACGCGAACCUCAAGGUCUGCGAGCUGGCCUACCGCAGGGCCGACAUCGCCGACGUCGUCUCCGCCGUGGUGUGCGCCAUGGACAGGGCGGCCGACGUCGGGUUCGGGAAAUACAUUAUUUCCGCCCCGCCGCCAUUUUCCCAGCCCGCCAUCCACGACGAUGACGACGACGACGACGACGACGACGACAGAGACGGGAAGGUCGUGAAGACACAGCUCCUGCGUCGCCUGGACGAGGAUGCGGGUGCGGCGCUACGGGAGGCCGUGCCCGGGUGCGCGGCCGUGUUUGAGAAGCUUGGAUGGGGGUUCCUCGGGCGGUUGGACCGGGUGUACGACUCCUCCAAGGCGGUCAGGGAGCUUGGGUGGAAACCCGAGUGGACUUUUGAAAAGGUCGUCGAGAGGCUGGCAAGGGGGGAGGACUGGAGGAGCGAGCUGACGCACAGGGUCGGGAAGAAGGGGUACCAUGCCGUGCCAACGGGCGUGUACACGUCGUGA